AUGGGGCGCUACACGGGCAAGACGUGCCGGCUGAGCGUGAUGCUGGCGCUGACGGCGGGAUUCUUCGUGGCCGAGCUGGUGUCGGGCUACGUGGGCAACUCCAUCGCGCUCGUGUCGGACUCAUUCAACAUGCUCUCCGACCUGAUCGCGCUGGUGGUGGGCCUUUCCACCGGGCGCAUCUCCCGCCGCCGGCGCCGCAGCCCCCUGGCCUCCUUCGGCUACGGGCGCGCCGAGGUGGUGGGCGCCCUCUGCAACGCCGUCUUCCUGGUCGCGCUGUCCUUUACCAUCCUGAUGGAGGCGCUGCAGCGACUGGCGCGCCCCGAGGCCAUCAGCGAUGCGCAGCUCAUCCUCGUGGUGGGCACGCUCGGCCUGGCUGUCAAUAUAGUGGGGCUGCUCAUCUUCCAGAACUGGGCCGCUUGCUGCCCCUCCUGCUGCUGCCGCCCUGACCGAACCCCGGCCUCGCCUCCGAGCCACCAAGACGGACCCCAUCAGGAUGGCUCCCCAGCCCUUGAUGCCGCCACAGGAGGGGCAGCCGAAGCCCCGAGCAUGGACCAAGCAGGUGACUCCAUAAAUACCCAGAAAAAGCCUGAAGAAGUGAUAAAGAAAAAAGAGAAAAAGUCUGAAGCCUUGAAUAUCAGAGGUGUGCUUUUGCACGUGAUGGGAGAUGCCCUUGGCUCAGUUAUCGUGGUGGUUGCUGCAACAAUAUUCUAUGUGCUUCCACUGGAUGAGAAGACCCCUUGUAACUGGCAAUGCUACAUCGAUCCUAGCCUCACCAUCAUUAUGGUGAUCAUCAUUCUGUCUUCAGCCUUUCCGCUUAUCAAGGAGACAGCAACUAUCUUGUUGCAGAUGGUUCCCAAGAACGUCAAUAUGCAACUUUUGGCAAACAAACUAUCAGAAGUGCCAGGAGUUAGCAGCAUUCAUGAGGUGCACGUCUGGGAGCUUGUCAGUGGGAAGAAUAUUGCCACCCUCCACGUCAAAUGUCAUACCACUUCUGACUACCUGGAUGCCUCUUACAAAAUGAGGGAAGUGUUCCAUGAAGUAGGGGUCCAUUCAGUGACCAUCCAGCCAGAGUACACAGACCACAAGAGUCCCGAGAUCCUAUGCAGCGCCCCCUGUAUCUCCCAAGCUUGUGAUCCCCAGUUGUGUUGUAGCCAGCAGGAAGCAACCUUUGUCCAAGUGGGAAAUGGCUGCAAUGAGAAAAAUGGCAUCAUCGGCCCAUCACUGCAGAAGGCUUUCUGUAAAAAAGAUGCAGUGGAAAUUCCCAUUGAACCCACGUGGGCAGAAGACAUUGUCAAAAAGGACAGUUGUGAAAAGGACACUUCCAAAGAAACUGGUGAUGGUAGACCAUAUGUAUGGAGUACACAAUUUUAGAGCAUUCAACUUACGCUUUGAAUCAAGGGCAAAACCUUAUUUGAACAAAGCCUGUAUGUCUAAAUAGCAGAUGACUGGUGUCAGGGCUUGUGGUAGUUGAGGGAAACAGACUUUGAAAGCUGGGAACCAGAUGUAAUGUACAAAUUCUCAUUCUGGGCAGAAGUUCUUGAAGUGCUAUGUGAGCAGAAGGCACUUCCUCUUAUGCAGGGGACAUUCAUUGGCUUCCCCUCUGUUUGCAUUUCCUAGUUCGCAUUGAAAAGCUGCUGCAGAGCUUUGGGUCCUGUUGCUCUUUUAAUCAGUUUUUCUUUUUGUGGGGGUGCUGGCACUGAAGAAUCUCUUCCAUGCAAGAAGACGUGCUUUUGGGUCAUGCCAUGGAAUCUUUGAAUUUAAGGUGACCUUGUUUCUUCCAGAUGUGUCCAAUGCAGUUUUAGCUCUUGAAUUUGCUGACCCACCUUAAUGCUAUUUUUUUGGGGUGUGUGUGAAUAAUCUGUUCUCACCUUCUUGGUGUAAAACCGUGGUCCUACUGAGAAGGGCUGCUGGCUGUAAACCUUUUAGUGAUCUCAUGAUUGUGCUAGCUUGUUGUGCUCUCAUUAUGCAAGAAAAUUUCACUGAGCCUUUUAAAAAGUACCUCUGUUACUUGAAAUCAAAUGUGGAUGAAAGGAAGAGAGGAAUGCAAAGGACUGCAUGAGUUUAUGGGCCAGAACAUGUACUGGGGGAACCUAGGAGAGGAGAAAAAACCCUUGCCCCCCCCCCCCCCAGAUCACAAGCCAACAUGGUGUGGGAACAUGACCCAUACGGCUGCAUGUAUUAGACUUGUCUUAUUGGGGUAAUGUCAGUGUGUGCUGUGCCCACUGGGCCAAUCACUAUGCCCCUUUGCUGCAAACAUCCUCACAAAAUCGCAAGUCUAUGAAGAUAGUAAUUGCAUUCUCUUUGUUGUUUUUACUAUGAAAUAUUUCCUUUAUUACCACAGUAACUGGAAGGGGUGCUGGUUUACCCCCACAAAGGACUUAAAUUACUUUCUUGGGUCUAAUUUGCCACAUGAAAGGAGAAUUUAUGUGAUUUUUUGAAGAUACAAAAUCCUAGUUUACCAUCCAUGGUAAAUUAAUAAAUAAAUGUAUUUAGUCAUUAACAGUUAAGAUUCUGGGGGUUUCCUGUUCUUUUCAACAUGGUGCUAUUUGAUGUAUUUCAUUUUUAAAGUGUCUCUUCUUGAUUUGUAGGAGCUCAUUGAAGGAUUAUAACUUUUAUGCCCAUUUUAUGCCACAAUUCCAGCUGGACAGUAAGAAUUCUAAUUGUAGCAAGCAGACCUUUAUUUCUAUACCUUCUUACAAUAUAAAGUGUAAUGUGAUCCAGGAUGGACCUUGUUUUAGAAUAUUGAGAGGUUGUAACCUUCUAAAACUUAAUUAUGGCAGCCCAAAGAUCAGGGAUUGUAUUGUCACUGGAAACCAAGCCAGUCAGUCUUAGUGGAUUUAUGCUAUCUAACUUGAAAGUGCCAAAUGCAGUGGUAAUAGACUGAAUCAGGACAGGGCCAUGCCCCACUCUACCAUUGAGUUUUGGGUCCAGAGAGAAAGAACGGCUUUACUAGUGAUGAACUGUGGUUCAGUACCCCAGAGUAUUGCUGCUGCUCAUUUUCCAUUGGUUCCUUGAAAGCCUCAGCUGAAACCAUGGCUUUCAUCUACUGCUUAUGCAUUAUUCUCCCAUUUAAGUGAAUGUAUGUAUUCUUGUGGCCUAACUGAAAUGGUUUUUGUGUUGUUUAGUUUGCAACAGUAAUAUUGCCUUGAAUUUUUUUAUAUGUAAGUCAUCUAUUUAUAUUGCCUUGAACAGAAAAAUCUCAUAAAUAUGGCAAUCAGAUUUUUAGAGAGCAUAUCAUCUAAACUGAACUUUACAUAUGUACCUUCAAAUAGGCAAUUAUUUUGGUUUGGGGAGCUAGUAAACAUAAUUCUAAUUUCCAAACUGUACACAAUUAAUUAAUAGUAAUAUAAACUAUAUUUUUCCUGUAAGAUUUUGAGAAAGUAAUUAUUGCCGGUUGCCAAGGCUCUUACAAAUAUAUUCCAAACUGUAUAGUGAAGUCAAUCAAAAGCAUUUUGCCUCAAAUAUUAUGUCUGUGAGCAAAAAGUAAGAAUUAACAAAACAUGGAUGCAAACCAGAUCUGUUUAAAUCAGUUUGAAAAUACUUUGUAGGAAUCUGACAAUAGAAAAAUAGGAAAUUUAGCUUUAAAAAUCGCACAUUUGAAUAUUCAAUUCAGCUUACAAAGCCCCACAUCCUUGCCACAUAAGUCCCAUAUUUGGCUCCAUUCAGGUUUGCUCUGGUUUUACAUGGUCAAUAUAAUUUCCAAUAUGCGAAUUAACACCUGUUCAUGGUUUGUGACAUUGUACUGUUUUAACUGUAGUGCCAGACUCAGACCAUACUUUGUAAUUCACAGGAGUGGUCUGUUAUUUUACAGAACAGGUUUGCUCUUGGCAAGUCUGUUUAUAACUGCAGUACUGCUGGGGCUACCUUUCAAUUCUGCAAGGAAAAACAAAAAUGGAAUUUUGUGACACCUUAAAGAUGAACAAAUUAUCCUCUCUAGAAUGUGUAAACAUUAGGAAGGGACUUUUGCAGAGAUUUGUCUUUUCCCACUAUGACUAUUUCCAAACUUUUUCUAGCACUGAAAUUUGGGAGUAUUUCCAGUUUAUUCCAAAUUAGGCAUGGCUGCUAGCUCUUUUUUAGGGAGCAUAUGUGGAUGCUAGUUUUCUUUUAAUUAGGUUGUACUCUUAUGUUACUAUAUGGCUUUGAUUCUGAUUCCAAAGUGAAAAUGAAGAAAACUUGUACCAACCAGGCUACAAUAACUUCAAAAUUUUGUAGCAAUUUACUUAUAAGUAACCAAAAUAAUUUUAUAAUUUUACAAACAGUAACAAAAUGUUUUGGAAAAAUUGUUUGCAUUCUCCCAUUGGAGUAAUGAAAAGAGCUUUUUUAAAUAUGUACAGGUUAGAACGCCACGGCAGUAUAAUCUAAAUACAAAUAUAACAGCUAGCCAGAUUCUAGAUAAUUAACUGGCCUCGUUAAACUUCAUUGGCUGUUAAAGGCAGGUCAGGGUUUUUCAAUGUACAAUAAUGGUUAUAAUCAGGGAGGACAGCACUCUGCAAUUAGUUUAUUCUUAUGCCUCUCGAAAUGUCCUGUGCCUCUCGAAAUGUUUGAUUCUGAUUCCAAGCAUGAAAUCUGGAUCCAGAGUUCUAUUGAAAUAAUCCAUUAUGAAGAAAGCCAUUGGUUAUCAUUGUGGACUGUAAAUUAGGUUUAGAAACUCAAUUUUCUUGCAGUUGUGGUUCAUGGAAAUUUUCUAUGAACCUGGCUGAGGUCUCCUUCAUUUUGAAAAUUGCUGAAUUGUGCUGCAGGCAUCGCGUAGUGGUUACAGUACUGGACUAAGA